AUGUUUUAUUUUAGAGAAGCUGUUGUACAUACUCGCAAGCUUUUGGACAUAAUUGUGAAAGCAGAAAAUAAGAUUCAAACUAGAUUUAAAAUUGGUCUCAACAGUAAAAUGCCUAGCCAUUUUCCAGUACACGUUUUUUAUUGUCUAAAAGAAUUGGGUGGUUUUGGAAUGUUGUUAAUGAGAUAUGUGCUUAUUCUUCAAUCAGAUCUACGCUGGAGUAAACAAACAGAAAUACAGAUUACGCAUUUUUGUGCAGGAAUAUUACACGAAGAAGAUCAAUUGAUUCCUAAUCUUUUUUAA